CACUCCAAAUUUCAAAACUCCCCCCAAAUUUUCAAACCCCUAAGGCCCUAAUUUCCCUUCUCUAUAAAACCUCACUAAAAUCCCCUGUUACAAACCACAAUCAAUCAACGACCCCAAAUCUGAAAUCUCCCCAGAAAAAAGGAAAAUCCUCCGGAUAAAUUUAUCCCUAAUUUCUUGAAUUUUCUCAAGAACCCUAAAAAAAAAUGCCUGCAAAAUUCGAAGAGACCGACCCCCUUCUCACCGAAAACCCAGAUAGAUUCUGUAUGUUCCCAAUCAAAUAUCCACAAAUCUGGGAAAUGUACAAGAAAGCUGAAGCCUCCUUCUGGACCGCGGAAGAAGUCGAUCUCUCAGAGGACAACCGCCACUGGGAAAACAUCCUCACCGCCGACGAGCAACACUUCAUCACCCACAUCCUCGCCUUCUUCGCCGCCUCUGACGGCAUCGUCCUCGAAAAUCUCGCCGGAAGAUUCAUGAAAGACGUCCAGGUAGCAGAGGCGCGCGCCUUCUACGGCUUCCAAAUCGCCAUUGAAAACAUCCACUCGGAAAUGUAUUCCCUCCUCUUAGAAACCUACAUCAAAGACUCCGACCUUAAAUCCCACCUCUUCCGCGCAAUCGAGACCAUCCCCUGUGUGAAGAAGAAAGCAGAUUGGGCCCUCCGAUGGAUCGACGGAGCAGAAUCCUUCGCCGAAAGACUUAUUGCUUUCGCUUGUGUUGAAGGGAUUUUCUUCUCUGGAAGCUUCUGCUCCAUAUUCUGGCUGAAAAAGCGCGGGUUAAUGCCCGGAUUAACCUUCUCAAACGAGUUGAUAUCGCGUGAUGAAGGGCUUCACUGUGAUUUUGCCUGCUUGCUGUACAGCUUGUUGAAGAAAAAGCUAAGUGUGGAGAAAGUUCAGGCAAUAGUGGAAGAAGCGGUGGCGAUCGAACGCGAAUUCGUGACGGAUUCGCUGCCGGUAAAGCUGGUAGGGAUGAACUGUGAGCUUAUGAGUCAGUACAUUGAGUUUGUUGCUGAUAGAUUGUUAGCUGCACUUGGGUGUGGUAAGGUGUACGGUGUGGUAAACCCAUUUGAUUGGAUGGAGUUGAUUUCUCUUCAAGGGAAGACUAACUUCUUUGAGAAGAGAGUUGGGGAAUAUCAGAAAGCUUCUGUUAUGUCUAGCUUGAAUGUCAAUGGUGGUGGGACCCAUGUUUUCAACAUGGAUGAGGAUUUUUAGAAGAACCCUUGCUUUUAUUUUAUUUUAUUUUUAAGUGAUGCUGUUUUGUUAAUUUAUUUUAGAUUAGUUUUUUAUGAUGAUCUUUGAGCAAGUAGUACUACUACUAAUUGUUGCUUUUAAUCUAUGUAAAAUUGUAAACUACGAGUACUGUACUAGUUUUCUGCAUGUUUUAUAUCUAUUUUAUUAUAGACUUUUA